AUGACAGCGAGCACCUGGAUGCUCCUGCAGACCAGCCACACAGAGAAGUGGAUCGCAGAGACCAUCAGGGACCAGAUCCAUCAGAGACCAGAUCAUUACCAUACAGCCCCCUCUCUGCUGCAGGACCAACAGGGAUAUCCAUCUAACCAGGACAUGCCCCCACUGACAG